AUGAAGUUCCUUGCCAGUCUCGUCUUGCCAAUCAUCGCAACUGGCAGCGUCUUUGCUGCGUCGAUUCCUUCGAUGCCCUCGCUUGUCAAGCGCGUUACCGGAACACUCAAGUUCCUCACUGCCCUCGAUGGGACGACUCAGGUUCCGUACUUGGAGUAUCUUCCAGCAGACUAUAGCACUUCAUCCAGCUCCACCAGAUAUCCGCUUCUGAUCUUUCUCCAUGGAGGUUCGGGCACUGGGCCAGCAAGUGGAUCUAACAUUGAUGCUGUUCGGACCUACACCGUCCCGGCACUGAUUGAGAGCGGCAACACAAUGUGCUUCAGCUCCAGCGCAGGCCAGCCCACCCACUGUUUCAUUACAAUUUGCCCCCAGGCGAGCAGCACCUGGUCCUCGAACAACGUCGGCGCUACGAUCGACUAUGCUAUAGCCAACUACAAAGUAAACCCAGCUCAGGUAUAUCUCACUGGACUCAGCAUGGGUGGUUCGGGGGCAUGGACGGCGGCAACUAGCACGAACAACGGUGUCUACUACGGCUCGAAGCUCGCUGCUUUAUCGACUGUUGCUGCGGGCUUCACCACUGGCACUGCCGCCAACACUGCACUUUGCCAGGGAAUUGUUUCCACUCAGCUCGCUGUUUGGGACUUCCACAACUCUGGCGACCCCGUCGUGCCCAUUGCGUCUGACCAGCAAACCAUCGAUCGUCUCAACAAUGUGGCAGCUUCUUCGUUGGGCUACUCUUGCUCAUAUGGCGCGAUCAACCCCAAAGCCAAUCUCACCAUCUAUAACUCCAACACCCACGGUGGUUGGGAUACGGCAUACAGUGUUACCAACGACAUCGGAACUGGACAGAAUCUCUUCCAGUGGUUUCUCUCGAAGACUAACAUCUGA